UGUUUUGUUUUGUGUUGGUGUCUGAUGUGAUGCGUUCAGAGGCUGCAGUGACAGUGUUGCUGCUGCUGCUGCUUUAUGAAUGAGAGUAAAUGUGACAACAGCACACAGUUCAUAAGAAGAGCUCAGGGCGUGUUGGAACUCCACAUGGCUUCAAGGAAAUCUGAUGCAAAAUGUUUCACAUGAAAAUAAACAUAAUUAGGAAGGAGGCUGUAGUUUCAAUUUAGCUCAGUGUGUUGGUAUGAGAUGGAUUUUGUAAAAAAAAAAAAGAAAAAAAGAAACGAACCCUGAGCAGAGUCCAGCUGUAGCUUUUCUCUCCUGUGGGUCGUUUGUGCCUCUACAUUAUUGAUUCCCAGAGGCUGCUGCUGCUGCUGCUGCUGGCCAAUAGGCUCCUCAGACACUUCUUUCAAAGGGAUGGGAGCAGAUGAAGUGAUGAGAUUCGUGUAACUUUUGGAUGACCCCUUCUUGACAAAGACAGUGUCCAUCAAUUGUCCUCAGUCAUUAUUCGCUGCUUUUAUGCCAAGGGGCUUUUUGUAUCUUUUGUUGGUUUCUCUGUUGAACACAAUGCAUUCAAGUUAAACUCUAGAAACUGAUACAUUUUUAUAUCUGCGUGGAUAAAACAACCUUAUACAAAACUAUUUGUUUAUUUUUCAUAUACCUCCAUAGUUAAAUAUUGAAGUAAAGUAUCAUAUGUGUAUUUUCCUUUUUAUUUUUCCAGCUGAACUUUUUUUUUUUUUUCCAAAUGUGCACACAGCUGUUUUAGGUCAGUAUUAUUUGUUUUUCCACCAGGGUCUAAUUUUGAUCCAUCUUAAGUUAGAUAAAAUUGCUCCUUAGUUGUAUGUUUACUCGUGUGUGGAGCAGCAUCACCUCUAUUGGCCGAUCUGGUCACAUGGUUCGCUAACUUUAUUCAGUUGACACCAAGUAGGAGGGCUCUAUGGAGGGAGGAAAAAAAGACAACUCGAGAAAAAUUAGUAUUUUCUACCUUCAGAAAUUAAUGGCCAUGAGUUCGUAUAUGGUGAACUCUAAGUAUGUGGAUCCGAAAUUUCCUCCUUGCGAGGAAUAUUCACAAAAUAGCUAUAUACCUGAGCAGGGCUCGGGCUACUACAGUCCAUCGCAGGACACAGACUUUCAGCAUCCAGGGAUCUACCCACGGUCAAACUACACGGAGCAGCCCUUCAGCUGCAACACUGUGCAGGACUCCACAGUGCAGCCACGGGGUCAUGUGCACGAGAGAUCCGGCCACGCGAGCCCCUUUAACGCACAGACUGAGCAGGGGGCCCCGGUCCAAGUGUCCGGACCUCGGACUUGUGGACAGCAGCAAAACACAAAGAACCAAAAUGGGACACAAGCCAAGCAGCCUGCAGUAGUUUACCCCUGGAUGAAGAAAGUCCACGUAACUACUGUGAACCCAGAUUACACAGGAUCUGAGCCCAAACGGUCCAGAACAGCUUACACCCGGCAGCAGGUUUUGGAGCUUGAAAAGGAGUUUCAUUUUAACAGGUAUCUGACCAGGCGGCGGCGGAUUGAGAUCGCUCACACGCUUUGUCUCUCCGAAAGGCAGAUCAAAAUCUGGUUUCAAAACAGACGGAUGAAAUGGAAGAAAGAUCACAAACUACCCAACACCAAGGGCAGAUCUGCACCAGCCUCCAGUCAUCUGCAAAGCAUUCAGAAGGAUAACCAGACUGAUAUCACAGCGUUAUAAGAGAGAGAGAGAGAGGAGGAGGGAGUCAUGUCUUUAGAAAUUAACUGUACAUAAAAAAGACAAAGGUUGCAUCGGACUUUUGCAUGGACUGAUGUCGUUUUUAGCCAUCUUUUUAUUAUUAUUUUUUAAUUUAACAAAAGAAAAAAUGAAAGACCCCAGCAGUGUUGACUCAAGACUGAGUCAGAAAAUCAAUCAGUCUUUGUAACUCAGAGGUUUUGCAAGUUGAGCCUCUUCCUGGUUUGAAUUUCCUCAAAGAGAAACAAAUACAUCGAAACUUUUAUUUUUAUUUUUUUAAUUCUAAAUUUUUUUUAAUUGUAUUUUUGGACGUUUCACCCCUGGGGACAUUUAAUGAGAAACCUUCGGCUGAUUUCGUGGAUUUUAAAACAAAGUGUCUCUGCCCUUCUCACGUGGAUUCAAGCCGGUUUAAAAGGUUGAAACAUCUUGAUUCAGAACAGGGAAGCCCUUCGUUCAAAUUCCACACACACACACAUACACACAUACACGCAUGUACACAAAGUUUAUUUCUGUUUUUUUUGUUUCUCCUGUUGAAACUUCACAUUAAACGCACAAUAAAUAAAUAUAUAAAUAAAUAAAUAUAUAUAUAUAGGCCUAUAUACUUGAAGCAAACAUAAUUUGCAUAGAGGCACGCCAAACACAACUCCAACCUUACUGCAAAAAAAGCCCGCUGAAUAUUUCAGUCCCACGUUUCUUUGUGACUUGUAUGUUUUUAACUUAUUUUGUACAAUAAAGCUUUGAAAUGUUCUUAGCCUAAAUAUUAUUCCCAAAAGCAAGACAUUCCUGUGUGCAUACUAUUCUGAGUGCCCUUAUAAAUCUCUCCUGACAUCUUUGUAAACAGUGUACAUUUUCAGAGGCUCUGUCACGCUAUUUGAAACUCUUCCAUGAAAGAUCAUUUGUUUCCUGCAUGGCAUCGAAUUGAUAUUGGAUGUUUCUCAUCGGAAAUAAUCAAAUCCAGGAUAUUUAGGAUUAUAAUUGUUUAUUUUUCUUUAUAUGAUUUGUACGUCAUUAUUUAUUUGUUUAAAAAAAACCGUGUACAUUUUCGUGUAGCACACAUACAAUUUUUUAAUUAAAAGUAUUCGUUAAACUUUAAUUAAUCUAAAAUAUGUUUGAACUCUUGUGCAUUAUUAGCAUGGCUUUAUGCAAAGUUUUAGUCUUAGUUAAUGUGAGAAUAUUAUAGUUUUUCAUUUACACCAGGCUAACCGAGGGGGGGCUUUCACGUCACGUUUCAAGACAGAUAUUUUUUGUUUUAUACCGUCAUUGUCUUCGGACACACACACACACACACGCACACACACA